AUGGGCUGGUCGGCGUCGCGCUGCUGCGGCGGCUCCGGGGACGCCGCCACCAACGACGGCUCCGUGCUGGACCGCGUCAUCUCGCAGGCGUCCGGCUGCGACGGCUGCCUCCUCUACCGGCUCGCCGACUACAAGAAGGGCGGCGAGCUCGUCGACGCCUACAACGUGGGCGGCCAGGCCGAGGUGGAGAAGCUGAUCCGAGAGCAGUUCGGCGUGCUGAUGUACGGCGAGGGCCGCGGCCAGGUCAUCAACAGGGCCGAGUACCUGCGCUGGAAGUUCCGUGACCAGAAGGAGGUGGUGCUGCCAAUCGAGGCGUCGCUGUCGGCGCACGACCCGCUGGCGCGCUGGGAGGACCACGAGGCGUGCUGGCAGAUGCAGUACCGCGGCAGCCUGGGCGAGACACUGCUGCACGUGCUCAUCAUCUGCGACACGCGGCUGCACACGCGCCUCGCGCGCACCCUCAUCAAGUGCUUCCCCAAGCUGGCGCUCGACGUCGUCGAGGGCGAGGACUACCUGGGUGCCAGCGGCCUGCACCUGGCCAUCGCGUACAACAACAACGAGCUGGUGCAGGACCUGGUGGAGGCGGGCGCCAGUGUAUCCCAGCGCGCCAUUGGCAGCUUCUUCCUGCCGCGCGACCAGCAGCGGCCGCGGCCGGCGCGCCACACGGACUACGAGGGCCUGGCCUACCUGGGCGAGUUCCCGCUCGCCUGGGCCGCCUGCUGCGCCAACGAGAGCGUCUACAACCUGCUGCUCGACCACGGCGCCGACCCCGACGCCCAGGACUCCUUCGGCAACAUGAUCCUCCACAUGGUCGUCGUCUGCGACAAGCUGGACAUGUUCGGGUACGCGCUGCGCCACCCCAAGCUGCCGGCGUGCAACGGCAUCGCCAACCGCGCCGGCCUCACGCCGCUGACGCUCGCCUGCAAGCUGGGCCGCGCCGAGGUCUUCCGCGAGAUGCUCGAGCUGAGCGCCAGGGAGUUCUGGCGCUACUCCAACAUCACCUGCUCCGCCUACCCGCUCAACGCGCUCGACACGCUGCUGCCCGACGGCCGCACCAAUUGGAAUUCUGCGCUUUUCAUCAUCCUAAAUGGAACAAAAGAAGCGCAUCUGGACAUGCUGGACGGAGGCAUCAUUCAGAGGCUGCUGGAGGAGAAGUGGAAGACAUUUGCUAGGAUGCAGUUCCUGAAGCGGCUGGCGAUCCUGGCGCUGCACCUGCUGUUCCUGAGCACGGCCAUCUACCUGCGCCCCAAGGACCACGAGGAGCCGCUGCUCGGGCUCACCGACUGGGGCAGCGUGGCGCGCUACUGUGCAGAGCUGGCCACCGUGGGCGGCGUGCUCUCCUACGUCAUCCUGCAGCAGGGCGAGGAGAUCAAGAACCAGGGGCUGCUCAGCUUCCUCAAGCAGCUGUCGCACGCUCCCGACAAGGCCAUCUUCCUGGCGUCAAACCUGAUGAUCCUGGCGUGUAUCCCGCUACGCGUCAUGGGCGACAAGCGAACGGAGGAGGCCAUCCUGCAGUUCGCAGUGCCCGGCUCCUGGUUUCUGCUCAUGUUCUUCGCGGGGGCCAUCCGGCUGACUGGUCCGUUCGUGACGAUGGUGUACUCGAUGAUCACCGGCGACAUGUUGACGUUCGGCAUGAUCUACACGGUGGUGCUGUUCGGCUUCUCUCAGUCCUUCUACUUCCUGUACAAGGGCUUCCCCGGCGUGAAGACGUCGCUCUACCACUCCUACCCCACCACCUGGAUGGCGCUCUUCCAGAUCACCCUGGGCGACUACAACUACCCAGAACUGAGCCACACGACAUAUCCAACGCUGGCCAAGACAGUUUUCGCCAUUUUCAUGGUGCUGGUGCCCAUCCUGUUGCUCAACAUGCUGAUCGCCAUGAUGGGAAACACGUACGCGCACGUCAUCGAGCAGAGCGAGAAGGAGUGGAUGAAGCAGUGGGCGAAGAUCGUGGUGUCGCUGGAGCGCGCGGUGAACCAGGCGGCGGCGCACCAGUACCUGCAGGAGUACAGCAUCUCUCUGGGGCCCAGCGACGACCCCAGCCAGGAGCAGCGCGGAGUCAUGGUCAUCAAGACCAAGAGCAAGACGCGCGCGCGCCAGCGCAAGGGCGCCGUCAUGAACUGGAAGCGCGUGGGCAAGGUGACGAUCCGCGAGCUGAAGAAACGCAACAUGACGGGCGACCAGCUGAGGAGGCUCAUGUGGGAGCGCGCCUCCAUCUCGACGCCAAUCCGCGUGCCGGACACGCCGGAUCCGGCAGAGGUGGAGGCCGCGAUGGACAGCCAGGGCAACGCACUGAAGGAGGCGCUGGAGGUAAUAGCGUUCCAGCACGACCUGGACCUGGACCUGAGCGGCGGGCCGCCCUCCACCCCCGGCUCCGCCCCCAGCCUCGCGCCCGUCCCCGCGGCACAAGCGCCGCCCGCCGCGUCCACAGCCCCUGCCGUGCCGCCCGCCUUCGGCAGAGCUCUGGGCGUGGGCGCGCCGCUGUCCUCAUCCGCAGCCGGUGGGGCAGCGCCUCCGGCCGCGGCGCUGCCAGCUGCAGCCAGCAUCGUCUCCAGCGCAGCUGCCGCUGCCGCAGCCUUCGCACCUGCCGCGAACGCCGUGCAGACGCCUCCCAUCGGAUGGGUCAUUCCUCCACCACACCGUAGCAGCAGCGUCGACGCCCCGCCUCCGUGGGAAGGCGACGCGAUGCAGCAGCUCGUGGCGCUGUCUGAGGUGCUGCCCAGCGAUGACCCGCAGCUGGCGGUGAUCGCGCAGCUGGCCUACCAGCAGCAGCUGGACGCCCAGAUGGUGCCGCCCGCCGAGCAGCACCGCUACUGCUGCGCCAGACGCCUGCACGCGCUCGAGGCCGCCAACGCCUCCGCCCCCAGCCUCGAGCCCAGUGACAGCGACGAAUUUGGAGACGGCGGCGCGAUGCUGGGCCGCGGGUCGCGGGCGCGGCGGGCGCGCUCCGCCAGAUGGCGGCCACCCACCAGCGCCUCCAACGGCAGCGCGCGGCGGCUGCUCUUCCAGCACCACGGCCGCUCCUCCACCUCCAGCUCCAGCGGCUCCGGCACGGGGCUCGGCAUCAUCAACCCCGCCUUCAUCGCCGAUAACCUCCAAAUGAGUCCUCCAGUGCGGACUCCUGAGAUGGACGCGGAAACUCCCCCGCUUCCUGCAGCCGCGCAGCCGCCGCUCCCCAACGCCCACGCAGCCGUUGGCCGCUUCAGCAUUGACAGGGACAAGACUGCCGCCAGGCCUCGGCCGAAAACCGCCAGAGUCAACAGGUCUGUUCUGCAAAUUCGACUUUCUACGAUCUGCUCCAAAGAAAAUGGAUGA